AUAAACAAAUUGAAACCAAACCCUCAAACAUUAUCUAACUUCCAAAAUCAAUGGCGAUCUCAUCACAAUCCUUCUCAAUCUCUUUCAUCUCAACUCGUAAUGAUUUGACUCAUCCAACUCGCCCACUCUCCCGAGUCACUUUCACUCACUUCCGCAAAACUCUAACUCGCUCUUCAACUCGUCGUUUCGUCGUCACUUCACGUCUCAACUCUUCCAAAUCCCCCGAUGCCGGCGGCUCCUUCUCGCCGGACAACGGCGACGUCCCCUACGAGCUUCACCACGAUCUUUCUCCGCAGCGUCGUAGGCGUGGAUCGCCGGUGUUCGUGACGCUUCCGGUGAAAUCCGUUGGUUCGGAGGGAAAGAUUUGGAGGCCGAAAGCGAUGAUGUUGUCGCUUAAGGCACUUGCUUCUGCGGGUGUGGAGGGUGUUGUUGUUGAGAUUUGGUGGGGUGUGGUUGAAAGGAAUGAGCCUAGGGUUUAUGAUUGGCGAGGGUAUCGUGAACUUGUUGUUAUGGCUUGUAUGUGUGGGCUUAAGGUUCGAGCUGUUCUUGCGUUUCAUCAACACGGUACGGAGCCUGAUGAUCCUAAUUGGAUACCACUUCCUCGAUGGGUGCUUGAUGAGAUAGAUAAAGAUCCGGAUUUAGCAUUUUCUGAUAGGUUUGGAAGAAAAAAUAUGGAAUACAUUUCCCUCGGGUGUGAUAUUCUUCCCGUGCUGCGUGGACGCUCUCCCAUUCAAGCAUAUGCAGAUUUUAUGAGGGACUUCAGGGACACUUUUAGGCCUUUUCUUGGCGUGAUCAUUACAGGAGUGCAGAUUGGCAUGGGUCCUGGUGGUGAAUUGAGAUAUCCUUCAUUGUCUUCCCAAAAGCUUAAUUUGGCUCGGUCUCGUGAACUUGGAGAGUUUCAGUGCUAUGAUAAGUAUAUGCUUGCUUCUCUGAAUGCCUCUGCAAGAAAUAUUGGAAAGCGUGAAUGGGGAAAUGGUGGUCCAUUUGGCACUGGAAGUUUGAUGCAAAAUCCCGAGCGCACUGAAUUCUUUAGAAACGAGGGUGGCUCUUGGAACAUGCCAUAUGGUAAAUUUUUCCUUGAAUGGUACUCAGAUAUGCUGCUAUUGCAUGGAGAGAGAAUAUGUAGGGAAGGGGAAACUAUAUUUAGGGGUACAGAAGUCCACAUAUCAGCAAAAUUAGCUGCUGUCCACUGGCACUAUGCUACACAAUCCCAUCCAUCUGAGUUAACAGCAGGCUAUUAUAAUACUUUUAACAGGGAUGGAUACUUACCGGUUUUAAGCAUGUUCAGUAAGUAUGGAUUCUCGAUGUGCUGCUCUUGUUUUGAAAUGCAAGAUGUAGUUAUGAGAAAGAUCAACCCAGAUUGUAGCCCUGAAGGUUUUCUUAGACAACUUUUGCUGGCUGCUAGGCUCUGUGACAUAUCACUUGAAGGUCAAAAUUUUUCAACUGAUUUGGAUGACGACGCAUUCACUCAGGUGCUGAAGAUGUCAAAGUUUUACUCAAAUGGUAUUGAGAGACGCCCCUUCUCAUUCAACUUCGUAAGAAUGGACAAAAAGAUGUUUGAACCCCGAAAUUGGGACCGGUUUACUCGAUUUGUGAGACGAAUGUCUGAUGGAAACAUUUUUCGAGCCAGAUUAAAUUCUGUAGGAAGCCUACGGUUAAAAACUACAGUGGCUGCAGAAGUCGGACUCUUGUUCCAGCUAUACCAGUACUCUUGAAACUAGUUUUGGCUUCGGUUCUAGAACACAUUUUAGUAUUAUCACCAUAUCUAGUGUUGUGAAAUAUGUAGUAAAUGCUGAUUUAUGAUUCUUUUAUUGCUUUUGGGCAACUUUUACUUCUUCAGAGAACCACAAUACAUGGCCUUCCAGAGUUUUUAUAUGGGUGGCAUGUUAUCCACUUGUACCUAUAAUUUUAAAUGGACUGAGAUAUAAUCUUGAAACCAGAUACUGUUGGGAUCUUAGUUCUUCAAGUUCCCCUUUUUAAUUGUCUGUUCUGUGGAGAUGGACUCUUGAUGUUCAGACCCUAUAUAACUUUAUGAUGGAUAUCUUGGAGCAGAUUGUAUGUUUGGAUUUCAAGUGAGUGUAAAUUGCCAUAGAUCCAAUUAUGUUCCGUUUGUUGUGUUGUAAAAUUGUUUAAAUGAAGAGCCAUUGAGAUAUGUUCCUUACAUGUUGUAAGUAUGCUGCUACCAAGUUGAUCAAACUUUUAUAAUUAUAUGUUGUAAAGUA